AGACGCCGUCCACCCCGUUCCACUCCCUCGCAUACCAAGAUGUCAAUCCAGUACCGGCAAGACAUGCCCCCUCCGGGCGGGUUCGAGUCUGUCAAGUACAAGCGCAACCUGCCUUUCCGUGGACCCAGCGGCAUUGUCGCUCUGGGGGCUGUCACAGCCGUGUGCGCAUACGGGUUUUAUCGCGUCGGAAAGGGAAACCUAGAGAAGAGGGAACUGCAAAGAGAGAAAGUUUGGUCCCGCAUUCAUCUUGUCCCUUUGCUCCUGGCGGAAGGAGAUCGGGAUGCUUACCGCCGGCAGCAGGCCGCCCUCGCGCGAGAGAAGGAAAUUAUGAAGGACGUCAAAGGGUGGGAGGCUGGAAAGAGCGUGUACAACAACGGGCGGUAUCGCUCGGCAGAUUCGAUUGUCGUUCUAUGAUUGAUAGACGCGCCGACCCCUGUAGUCGUUUACAGAAAUCUUUAAUUGGUCCGC